AUGAGUGCGGAGUUGGACGCGCUGACGGUGGUCAACCAGCUGCGGGACCUGGCCGCGGACCCCCUCAACCGCAGGGCCAUAGUAGAGGAUCAGGGAUGCUUACCGGGGCUCAUCCUUUUCCUGGACCACCCUAACCCGCAGGUGGUCUACUCUGCACUGCUAGCUGUGCGCUACCUGGCAGAAUGUCGAGCCAACAGGGAGAAGAUGAAGGGCGAGCUGGGCAUGAUGCUGAGCUUGCAGAAUGUCAUGCAGAAGAGCGCGUCGCCCGGGGAAACCAAACUGUUGGCCUCUGAGAUCUACGAGAUCUUUCAGUCUGCAGGCAAGGAAGAAGCCGAGCAGGCCGAAGCGGCCGCCGCCUCCUGUCGACGUAAAGCUCAGUUCUUCCUGGGCUCCAACAACAAGAGGGCCAAGACUGUAGUGUUGCACAUUGACGGACUGGACGAUUCCACUCGUAGGAGCCUGUGCGAGGAGGCCUUGCUGAAGAUCCGAGGAGUCAUCAGCUUUACGUUCCAGAUGGCUGUCAAGAGAUGCGUUGUUAGGAUCCGGUCUGACCUCAAAGCUGACGCAUUGGGCACAGCCAUCAACUCUACUAAAGUGAUGAAAGCUCAACAGGUUUUGAGGACGGACGACGGAGGGGAGCUGAUCAUGCCAUUCCAGGAAGAGGGCGAAGGCGCGUCAGCGGUGGAAGAAAACACGGACAUCCCGGACUACCUGCCAGAAGAGGAGAGUCCAUCGCAGGACCCGGACAAGGCGGUGACGCGCGUGGGUUCUGUCACGGACGGAAUAGGCUGGCUCAACACGGCCGCCAACUUCCUGACUCGCUCCUUCUAUUGGUGA